GAACACCCGUUGUCACGUUAGUAUCUCUAGGAACUAGUGAUCAUCCAUUUUGUCGUCAUUGCAAUUUCUGGUUGUGCCUGUUAUGCUGCAAGCAGCUGGACUUGGAAAUGAGCUUCCUUUCUAGUAUUUACGCGAAGGUUUUGGGAACGAACUCAAAGAAAUCGGAGGAAACCAGUUCGGACGGUGGAAACGGUUUCGCAGAAGCAUACGACAAUGAAGACGGCUUUGUAUUGUACACUCCUUAUCAAAACAAGCGAUGCAAGCAAUCUGAUUACAACCCUGAAUCUAGAAAUGUGAAAGUGUUUGAAAAUUACCAGAAGAGCUGUUCAUAUCCACCAACAGGUUCAACUGCUUACACAACAUCUACUUCAAAGACAGCAUCAAAAAAGAACACAACUUUCAUUACAGUCUCUGAUAUUCCAAUGGAACUGUCUAAGCAAUUGCAAGCUAUUUUACACACAAAUCAAAGGACUGGUAAUGUCCUGAGAAAAGCUUUGCCAAAUAUCGAUCAAUACAAUUAUGACUUUUCACUGGAGAGAGCUGUCAUCAGUUCAUUAGAGGGGAUUUCAUGACUUUUUAUCAAGCUCUGGAACAUUUGCAAAUUUGAUUUUGCGUCACAAAGACUUCAUGGAUAAGUCAGGACAUUAGUGUUGAAUCCUUUCUCUCCCUGAAGGGAAAAAUCUGUGGACUUUCUGCAUAUGUUACUACAACAUCAUUCAGACAAUGAGUAGGGCUUAGAAAAUUACAUAAUACCAAAUUCUCAAGAAUAGCCAUCAUUGGGAUGUGUGGUCAUCUAUUAGGAAAAUUAGCCCAUUAUUAGUCGGACCAGAGUAAAAGGGUUGAAAGAUUGAAACAGACAGCAUAUGGACUAGACUAGACUAGAAAGUAAAACAGUCAGAUUACUUGACGUGUCUUUUGUAAUUACAAUAGCAUGUAGUACAGGUGUCUUGUUAAUUUCUUUCUUUCCCCAGCCUUCCUCUUACAAUCAAAGAUAGCGUCUAUAAUUUUCACUGAGAAAAAUACUGAGCACUCACUCCCUAAAAUUACAUCUGCUCUUCAGGCUACAAUAACUAAGGAAAUCUUUUGAUAUAGCUUAAAACAAUUUCAGUAUUUUUAAACAUCUAUUAUUUGAUGUAUACUGGCUUCCACAUUUUUCAUUUUUCUCCUUGAAAUUGUAUGAAAAAAACUCAAUCAUUUCACUUCAAGUUUUAAUUAUUUUUCUUACAAUUGGGGUUACUAUGGCAACAUUACAUGCUCUUAAAACAAGCUUUUUUUGCCGCAUAUUUUUUAUGUCUAAAAUAAGUUUGCUGACCCUCUUUUUUUUAAUCACUGAAUAUUAAUCAGUUGCAAAGUUACAUAAAAAAUUUGUACAAAUAGUUCAGAGCCGCCCUAAUUCUUUUUAAUGUAAAAUACAGCUUUGUAAUAGAUGUAGGUACAUGGCAUUACCUGCAAAGAUAACCUUAAAACAUACAAAUGUUUUAUCUUGUGUGACAAAAUGUUUCUCUGGAUUGACAAUAUUUUACGUUAUGUUACGAAAUGACUCCUACCCCAGGAACAAAAUAAACCCUCUUAGGUUUGGUA